CUUAAUUCACCACACGGAAAGUCGCUUGUAAUGGUAAAGCGAGGACACGAUUGGAUAUAAUUAUAUAUUUGUUUCUACGACAGAAAGAAGAUGCUGGGGUAUAUCUGGACGUACAUCUACACGUCCAUCCUGAGGUACUGGCUGAAGUGGUUCAUCCGACAGGCAACGGGAACAUGUGAGCUGCAGAGAAUAUGUUCAGGAUACAAGCCUGGGGCAGCAAGGACAACGAAAGCCGAAUAUUCUCUGCGGUUAUCAAAGAACAAGGUUUUAAGAGGAGCUUUGGAAACAAACAAGGAUAAUUUAGAGCAAUGUGUGGCCCAAAUUAUGAAGGAGAAGAAUGUCAAACCCCAGAAAGAUCCACUCUUCAAGGAAAGCCUGCACAUCUGCCUGUUACAAAUAACAGGAAACAGCAGCCUGUAUAUAUCUGUGGAAGAUUUAAGAAAGGAAGUCUUCAACUCAGAAAACCAGGAACACGAGGCCAUGCUGUUGAAGCUGUGGGACCUGUUGAUGCCAUCAGUCAAACUGGACUCGAGGAUAACCAAACAGUGGGGAGACGUUGGAUUCCAAGGAGAUGACCCCAAGACUGACUUCAGAGGAAUGGGAAUGCUGGGCUUAAUCAAUCUUGUUUUUUUCAGUGAAAACUACACAGAGGAGGCUCGUCAGGUGUUGUCUCAUGCAAACCAUCCUAAACUAGGGUAUUCAUAUGCCAUCGUUGGGAUUAACUUGACCGAGAUGGCCUACAGUCUCCUGAAGAGUGGAGCUUUGAAACCUCAUUUCUACAAAACAGUGCUGGGCACGCCUGAGCUCCGACACUUUCAUCAGCUAUACUGUUAUCUGGCAUAUGAAUUUGAUAAAUUCUGGGUGGCAGAAGAACCAGAAAGCAUCAUGGAGUUCAAUCAGUACAGAGAAAAAUUCCAUGAGCUAGUCAAGACGCAUCUACAGGACCCGGAUGUGACCCUCACACUGACCGUCUGUUCUAAAAACUAACAUUAUUCAGAAAUAUUUCCUCACCUCUCCACGGACUCUGACUUUGUUCGAUUGGGUAGAGAAAGACGAGAUGCGAUUAUGAACAUUAAAAACAUCAAAAUCAGACUGACACUGUUUCAUAAAUUCAAAGAAAUGAAUCCUCAUAUAUUUGGUAUUGUGGUCCAAUAUUUAAACUCUAUUCCUCAUGUUACUGUGAGGUUAAAGGGUUUUAUAAUAGAGCACCGAUCUACGCUAUGUACCUCAGAAAUGUCCAUUCCGGUGUUUAAUGAACCUUUUCAGAAGGAGACAUGAGAGCUGCUGCACAGCACUGGAGAGAUAAAGGAGAGAUUCAUGAGGAUUUAACACUUCCUCUGAGCAAGCUGCCAAUUGGUUGCAGUUAAAAGACGGUUAUUGAAAAAUGGCGAUUAACUAGCAUAUUUGUAGCUCUCUUGUUUGUAUUUAAGUCGGUAAGACCUGUACUCACAGUUGUUCCGCUCAGGUGGGUGACCAUGGCUAGAUUCUUGCAUGUUUUAAUAUGUCCCUGUUUAUGGCAUCUGUAAGUCUAAUAUUUGGUUUGUGGCAGCUUAAACUGGUUGUUUGCCUCCAUUUUCAUAAAUUUAUGAAAUGACUGAAGACUGCAUUUUUAUUUUGCUGUUUGCUUUUGAGGAAGGUAUGUAAUGAUUAACACUUGACUCAAAUGUAAUAAAUACACAUUUUAAUGUU